UCUAUCUCUCACUCGCUCUCUCACUCACUCAUCUCUCUCUCACACACACACACAGACACACAAACACAAUGAACUAAAUUGAAAUCUCUUGGCGUUGCGUUGACGUUCAUUCCCCACGAAAUCAGGAAUUAUUGUUUAUUUCUUUACAGGAUUAUAUAUCGCUGCAUGACUGUCUGUCUAACACGACGCAAACUAUUUUAUUUAUUUAUUUGCCUUUCUUUGUGUUGAUUUUUCACGAACUGUGUUUCUCAGUCGCUUCUCUUUUCGGCUGUUUUCGGUUUUCGAUCUUACUGUAAGUUGAAGUGAGAACUACUGAUUUCGUUUUGUUUUAAGAUGUUUUGAAUCUUUUCAGUUUUGUUCGUCACCCCAAAAACCAGAAACACCAUGUGGCGCAGAAUUGUUCUUAUAGACGUUUUGAAAAUAUGAUGUAUAAACCCGGUUUUUUCGCUCUGUGCUUCUGGCUUGCACUUGGUGUGUUUGGUGUUGAUGCAGAUGAAGUGACGUCAGUGUCAGUGAUGGAGGGAGAUUCUGUCACUCUUCACACUAAUCUAACUCACAUACAGACAGAUGUACAGAUACUCUGGACUUUUAAACUAAACACUCGUUUGGCUGAAAUCAUUAAAAGGGAACAGAUGAACAUUUUUUUUGUUAGUGAGGAUGUGAUAUUCAGAGAUCAUCUACAGAUGAACAAUCAGACUGGAUCUCUAACCAUCACAAACAUCAAAACUGAACACACUGGACUUUAUCAACUACAGAUCAUCAGUGACAAGAUCUCAUACACAAGUUUUACUGUUAUUGUCCAUGAUGGAUUUGUCUAUGAAGUGAAGUCAGUCUCAGUGAUGGAGGGAGAUUCUGUCACUCUACACACUGAUCUCACUCACAUACAGACAGAUAUACAGAUACUCUGGACUUUUAAACUAAACACUCCUUUGGCCGAAAUCAUUAAAAGGGAACAGAUGAACAUUUAUUUUGUUAGUAAGGAUGUGAUAUUCAGAGAUCAUCUACAGAUGAACAAUCAGACUGGAUCUCUCACCAUCACAAACAUAAAAACGGAACACACUGGACUUUAUAAACUAAUGAUCGGCAGUGACAAGAUCUCAUACACAAGUUUUACUGUUAUUGUCCAUGCUCGUCUGGCUGUUCCUGUCAUCAUCAGAAACUCUUCUCAAUGUUCUUCAUCAUCAGAAAGAUCUUCAGUGUCAAAAUGUGUGUUGUUGUGUUCAGUGAUGAAUGUGACACAUGUGAGUCUCUCCUGGUACAAAGGAAACAGUUUAUUGUCCAGCAUCAGUGUGUCUGAUCUCAACAUCAGACUCUCUCUACCUCUGGAGUUGGAAUAUCAAGACAACAACACAUACAGAUGUGUGGUGUCCAAUCCGGUCAGCAACCAGACUCAACAUCUAGACAUCAAUGAACUCUGUGAGUCAUGUUCAGCACACAUUCAGAAUCCAUAUUUGGUGGGAAUCACAGUUUUUCUGGUAAUGCUGGUUGUGGCGACUGCAGCUGUGAGUGUAAUGUGGUUUCUCUACAACAGGAAAACUAGACACAGAGUUCAGACUCGUGAUGAGGAAGAGCUUCAUUAUGCAGAAACAACAUUUAGUGCACGCCAUAUUGAGAUUCCGGUAAGAGAUUGUGUUGCUGUGUGCAUCUGUAUAUUGCUAUUUGAGACCCUGUGGUUUCUGUCAAAGCUUUAGUACAUACAAGAAAAAAAUGUGCUGCUUGCACUCCUUUUGUAAGUGCAUGAUGCUGCAUCAGGCGUCAAGCUAUCUUAAGAUAUGUUGAUGCUUGCUUAGCGCUUGUGCUGUAGGCUAAAUAAAUACCUUAGUGAGUUGUGACUACACUCGAACCACACAGAUAUAACAGAAUUUGUGAACUUGUAAAAUCUCCGAGAAGAAACAGAAUGCAAAUUCUGCCAACUAGUUAACCAAAGUUAAAAGAAUGAAUCGAAUUAAAUAGAAAUUUUGUACAAAAUGACACGAUUUGUCUGUCUUGUCUCUAGGCUUUCGUUAUUUAGUCUGGCUUUAGUCCAAGUGUGUAAUGUCUGUGCAGCUCUACAAAGGCAAAACAUUUUAACAACGAACACAGUUUGUAUUUUUCACGCACUGAUUUACAGCAAAGCUAACCCAAACCAAUGUAAUGACUCGGCAUUGAGAGGUAACUUGUUUUUGUCUCAUGUGUCUUGUCUCAUGUGUCUUGUGUCAUGUGUUUUUACAGAAAGCUGAUGAACACACAGUGUACUCAAGUGUUUUUUGAGUUGACAUCAUCCUCAUAUCAUCUGUGCAUCUUCAUUAUGAACCAGACAUUUAUGUUGAUAUAACACAUAUUCAGUCAAAAUAUAAUUCAUCCAAAAAUACAUUUUUUCAUAUUAUUGUACGUUGUUAUGUUUGUAUUUAUUUAUUUCGUAAUUAAUGUAAACUGUAAUUCAUGUUUUUUAUAAAUAAA